GAAGAAGAAGAAGAAGAAGAAGAAGAAGAAGAAGAAGAAGAAGAAGAAGCAGAAGCAGAAGAAGAAGAAGAAGAAGAAGAAGAAGAAGAAGCAGCAGAAGAAGAAGCAGAAGAAGAAGAAGAAGAAGAAGAAGAAGCAGCAGCCUCUGGGCGUCUGCGUCACCUCCCGCGCAUGCGCACACCGGCUCGCUUUAGCAGCUGUAUUUCCUGCUUGCUGUUUCCACUCGAAGCGAUGGCAGAAGUGAAAGCUUCCCUGAUUUGCGGCGUUGUAGCAGCUUUCCUGGCCUCAGCAGUGCUUGCAUUUGUGGAGGAUUUAGAUGACACAUUUAAAGACACCAGAGUGGACGAUAUCUGGCUGGUUGAUUUCUAUGCUCCGUGGUGCGGCUACUGUAAAAAACUCGAGCCAGUAUGGCACGACGUGGGAGUGGAGCUGAAGAGCUCCGGGUCGCCGGUCCGCGUGGGAAAGAUGGAUGCCACCGCUUACUCUGGAAUGUCGUCAGAGUUCGGUGUUCGUGGAUACCCCACAAUAAAACUGUUAAAGGGGGAUCUUGCCUAUAACUACAAAGGACCACGGACAAAAGAUGACAUCAUAGAGUUUGCCAACAGGGUGGCAGGACCGGCCGUCAGGGCGCUUCCCAGCAAGCAGAUGUUCGAGCACAUGAUGAAACGACACAAUGUGCUUUUUGUGUAUGUCGGUGGGGAGUCUCCCCUCAAAGAGAAGUACAACGACGUCGCCUCUGAGCUCAUCGUCUACACUUAUUUCUUCUCGGCACCAGAGGAAGUCUUUCCAGAGUCAGUAACUUUGCCAGAGCUUCCUGCCGUUGUGGUCUUUAAAGAUGGGGCCUACUUUACCUAUGAUGAGUACACGGACGCUAGUUUGUCUUCAUGGGUGAACAAGGAGCGCUUCCAAGGAUACCUCCAGAUUGAUGGCUUUACACUCUAUGAGCUCGGAGAAACAGGCAAAUUGGUAGCGAUUGCAGUCAUCGACGAGAAGGACCCCACAGAGGAGAGUGGCAGAUUAAAGACCUUGAUUCAGAGGGUGGCGAAGGAAUACAGAGAACAUUUUAACAGAGACUUCCAGUUUGGCCACAUGGAUGGGAACGACUACAUUAACAGCCUCAUUAUGGGGGAGGUGACGGUGCCCUCCGUUAUCAUCCUCAACACAUCCAACGAGCAGUACUUCCUGCCCAGUGAGCCGAUUGAGACCAUGGAGCAGCUGGUCCAAUUCAUCAACGGCGUUUUGAACGGUUCUGAACAGGCUAACGGAGGGGAUGGCUUCAUUCAGAGGAUCAAACGUGUGGCCUUUGAUGCCAGAUCCACAAUAAUGUCGGUGUUUCGCAGCUCUCCACUUCUGGGCUGCUUCCUCUUCGGCCUACCGCUGGGUGUAAUUAGCCUGAUGUGCUACGGCAUCUGCACAGCUGAGUCGGAUGACGGCUCCGAUGAGAUGGAUGCGCUCAAGAGGGAGGGCCUGACUGACGAGGAGGAAGACGAGGAGGAGGACGAGGAGGAGGAGAGGCAACGCGCCAAUGAGCUGGAGGGCCCCGAAGAGGGCGAGAACGAGGAAGACGACGUCGGAGAGAAGGAUCCCGAAGAGAAGAAGACCGAUUAACGCAGGUGCUCCCACCGGAUUGAGGAUGAUAGGGCCUAGUGACAUGAAACUCAAAGACAUAUCGAUGUAUUACUACUCUGCUUCUUUGUCUUUCAUAUCACUUCCCCACUCAAAGCCCCUGUAGCGCAGACUCUUCUCCCAUCUUUGAGUUCUGUGUUAAAGGUCGGCUGCUCAGUGAAGCCGUCGAAUCAUGUUUCAAGCUAACAGCCUUUUAGUGAUGGCGUGUAAACACACAAAAGAAGAAGAGGGGUGGCUGUGAACCAAACAAACCUCUUAUUUAUUAAGAUUCGACCAACCACUGGUUUAUUCCAUGUGAUGUGUGACGCUUUCUCUCGUUGUUUUGUAACUACUAAAAUGCUCCCGUUUCUAUCCCAAUCUUUUUUCUUUUUUCUUUUUGAUUCCUAGAAUAGUAGAAACCUUCCUUCAAAACUGACAGGAAUAAACCGAGACAUUUUUUUCCCCCUCUAUCCCCAAACUUAAAGUCAAGGCUUAUUGUAAUUGGCGUGUGUAGAAAGCAAGAGAAAGUGCCCGAGAAGGAAAAUCUGCCAUAAAUGAACUGUGCUUUUUCUAUUGUACGUUUAUUGCCUGAAAAUAUUUCUUCUUCUUCUCCUUCUUCUUCUUCUUCUUCUUGUUCUAGGGGAGCAAAUUGCCGAGACAGUCGCGCAUUUCUAGUUAUUGCCAGCCACCUGUUGGUGUCCAAUAAUGAGCAGAGUAAAUGAAAAGAAGCUUGAGUAAUAAUUGGUAUCAGUCUGUCUGUUACUGGCAUAUGGCAAAUGCACACGCUCAAAAUUCUAAGUAUAGAUGGGUUGUACCUGUAUAGCAGACAUCCAUAACAUGCAUCAGUAGUCCCCGCUGCUUUUAACAAGUCGUAGUCUUCAGAUAGACCGGCUCUGUCUCUUUCCAUAUUUCAAUCUGUCUUCCAUCACUGGUUGCCAUAUUGAAUUCAGUAGGCAGGUUGAAGUUUAAAUCCCGAUGCACUGAGACGUACACUGAGCGCACAAAAUAUCAAGUCCUGUCUUCCUGCUACUUAGUUUCACCCCCUUUUUUUUUUACUGCCAUAAUCCACUAUUGUUUGUUUUUCCUCGAGGCCAUAUCUAUCCUAUUUUCAUACUCUCAUGACUAGUGAGAGUAUGCAGUAGCUGAAAUCAAGUAAGGGUUGUGGCUUCCUUUUGGAUUUAAGUUGCCAGUCUGUUACAUUCAAAUAAAACAAGUGCUCCUAAAAUCUGCUACACCCAGUGUAAUACAAUCUUUAUGAAAAAUGCACAGUAGAGUGCAACUGCUUGGAUUUGGGGCUUUUCUGGCAGUGAGGCAUUUUAAAGCACCUGAGAUCUUUUCUUACAAAUGAAAUGUCUGUGACUAAAGAAGGAAAAAAUAAAGGAGAACCUGUUAGCAUUCAGAAACUUGGGUUGUAAUAUACAUGGAUGUUUCCAUGGAAACAAAAGCACAUUUUUCAACAACUGUCGUAUGUUGCUUAGUAAUGAUUGGUGCAUUGAAAUUUAAUCAUCUUUUUUUCACAAUACAGCUGUGUCCACUUCAAGAGAGUAAAAAACAAAUACUGAAUAAUGUGACAAAAUUGUGUUAAAUAACCAGGAUUGAGGAUACAAGUGUAAAUCAUGUUGGAAACCAUCACUCAAAACUUUGACAAUUCAGGAAAAUGCGCGUAUUCACUUUCUGACCAAGUCUUGGAUGAGAAAGUUGAUAAUACUCUUAUGUCUGAAGGGAAAAUAGGAAGCCAGGGCCAGCAGCUUGUUAGCUUAGCUUAGCACAAAGAAUGGAAACAGUGGGGAAACAGCUAGCACGGUUCAGUCAAAACAUGAUAGUAUCACCCGAAAAACACUUCUAAAGCUGAUUUAUUAAAAGGUUUUUAUCUCUUUUGUUAAAUCUGUAAAAGUAGUGAAGUAAAGUAGCUUUCAGGAAGUCUUCUCUGGUUGCCUGGAAACCUAACGGUGAAGCCUCCAGGAAGUCGUUUGUCACAUAACCCCGCAGUAAAACCACAACAUGUUUUUACUCAUUCUUGUAUGGAUUAAACAAACAAUAUAAAUCUUGUCCAUUAGAGAGCUUUAGAGGUGACGGUAUGCAUUUUUUUUCGCCAUUGACAGAGCUAGGCUAGCGAUAUCCCCCUGCAGCCAGUCUUUAUGCUAAGCUAAGCUAAUCGGCCGCUGACCCUUGUUUCAUAUUUACCAUGCCAUGCAAUAAAUUCCCGGCGAGAAAAGCUAACGGGGCAUACUUCCCAAAUGUACAAGCUGUUCCUUUUUAGAGUGGAGCACUGGAUUAUUAUUCGCUCUGCAUUUGUUUUACAUUAUUCAUCCGAAACAUUCCUGCAUUAUAUUUAACGUACCGAGCUGGGGAAGUAAUUAAAAAGUCUGAAAUGAGCAAUGACAGCUUCUGUAACAGGCUUUCUCUCAAGGGAACUUCAACACAUGGUGAUGAAUGAGCAUUAGGUUCAUCCUUGACCUUGGGAAGAGUAGCAAGAAUUCUGCGUCCACCAACUUUGACUUGUCUUUCAAUCGCAUCUAACGUCACGACAACUGAGCUAAAUACAAAUCUACUCAGUGAUACUUUUGAAUAGUAAUGAAUGUUUUGAGCAGUUUAUGCUAUUAUUGCUAAUAUAAUUAAAGGUGAUCCUCAAUCUCCCCCCCCCCUCUCCCAUUCUUAAAAAGUGUAAUAGUGAGUAAUACGAUCGCUUCAGAUUCUCCAUUUCAUCGUGCUUCAGUAGCUCAGUUAAUCUUGUAACUUGAUCGACUUAGGCUCCUCAACCUAAGCACACCUGCUGUGUUUUUUCUUAAUAUUCAGAGGUUAUCUGUAUUAUUACUGUGAAGCUGCACUAAAGGAAACCAUGCCCUCGCCUUGCCUUCUGGUCCUUGUAGUUGCCUACCAUUCUCUGCCAAACUUCUCUCUUUUGGGUUUGAAUUGAGAUUGUCACACUUUAUUACAGGUUUAAAAAGAUUGAAAUAAAGAUUG